AUACUGUAUUAGCUCAAGUGCCUAGGUUUAGUGAAUAGUGUUUAGCUUAGUACUGAAUCAUGCGCAUGGUGGAUAUGUCUUCUAUUUGAACUAUAUUAAUUUCGAUUAAACCUGAAUAAGCGAUGGAUAAAAUUGCAAAUUUGUUCAGAAAAAAGAACGAUUCAAAUCAAAUACUUAACAAAAGUACCUACUCUCUGGUGUCAUGUGGGGAGCUCACGCCUGACACGCUUAAAUCAUGGAUGAAGCUUCCGGAAGAAGUCAAAUGCGAUCCUUACAUGGAACAGAUAAGGAAGAAAGUGGAACAAAUCGAAACCAAUGGCAAAACAGAUCACAAUGAAUGUAGACGACGUUCAGAAAUAUCCAAUUCCGAACCAGAUAUGAGGCAAAUUGAAGAACUGCCGUUUAUUGAUGAUGUUAGCGUUAAAAUAUCUAACAACAGAGACGUACUAGAGGAAACGGAAGACAAUGGUCACAAUACGCGACAUCGACCGCAAAAUGAUUCCCAGAUAAAACGUACAAAAUAUUACGUUAAAAUGACAAUACUCCUCGGCUGCUGGACUUUCUUCACCGCGGUCUUCCUCACGUGCAACGAAAAAGAGGAAAUCUUCAGAAACACCGCAGUGAGUCUUACUGAAGAAAAAUCUUAUCACAUAGACGCAAAAAGCAAUUCCGUACAAAUAAAGUUAUCUGGGCCAUUCCUGUCUGAACAAGCAGAGAAGAAGCUUAAUUCAAGCCAAAUAAUAAACUCCCCCAAAUUGAUCGUCUGGUUUGAGAAUCUUGAAAAUGAUACGACGGUCGAGGCUACAGAAGCUUGGGAAAUAAUCCUCCAACCAAAAAUAGAUCUUAAUGAAGGAGAAUUAAGAACAAAAGUAUUUAAUACUAAGCAACGUCUGUCAAACUAUACGAUGCGCGUGCGCACAAAUGUAGCACAAAUAGUCCCUUUCACUAUGACCUACACGAAUGAUCCUCUGGACAUCAACCAAGGGGUGAUAUUCGCUGUUGUGUUAUUGUGUGGACUUUAUAUAUUGAUUAUAUUUGAGGUUAUUAACAGGACAAUGGCGGCAAUAACUGUGUCGACGUGUUCACUGGCUGCGCUAGCCCUAGUGGGGGAGAGACCGACCCUCACGGAACUAGUCUCCUGGCUGGAUAUUGAAACUCUACUUCUGCUCUUCAGCAUGAUGAUCCUUGUCGCCAUCAUGGCUGAGACCGGGAUAUUUGAUUACUUGGCGGUUUUUACUUUCGAAGUAACAAAAGGCAGACUUUGGCCGUUAAUUUACCUGCUUUGUAUAAUAACAGCUGUGCUGUCAACUUUCUUGGACAACGUCACCACGGUGCUUCUCAUGUCUCCUGUAACCAUUAGAUUAUGUGAGGUGAUGGACUUGGACCCUGUACCGAUUUUGAUGUUCAUGGCGAUAUACAGUAACAUAGGAGGCACGGCUACCCCUGUGGGUGAUCCGCCGAACGUCAUCGUCGCCUCGAAUAAAGCUGUGAUACAAUCUGGUAUAAAUUUCACGAACUUUACAGCACACAUGUCUUUGGGUAUUUUAUUAGUCUGUGUACAAACAUCUCUUCAAAUAAGGUUUAUGUUCAGAGACACAAGUAAACUACGCCAAAGGGUCCCUAGAGAAAUACAGGAUCUCCGCCACCAAUUAUCAAUAUGGCGUCGAGCUGCAGACUCCUUACCGCAUUUGAGCGAAGGCGUCAACGUUGUCAGGGAAAGAUUGGAAAGGAAAAUCACGAAGCUGACCCUCAAAUUGAACAAAAUUGUCAAGGAAAGUGGUAAAAGGGCGUGCCCAAAAGACACCUUCCAAAGGACGUUGGAAGAAUUAAAAAAUAAGUACAAAAUCCGUGACCGCGUUCUCCUCCUCAAGUCGGCAGUCGCCAUCGCAUUCGUCGUAACAGUUUUCUUUCUGCAUUCCAUUCCUGAACUGAAUCGCGUAUCGUUGGGAAUGACAGCCCUUUUGGGCGCCAUUUUGCUCCUGACGCUCGCCGACCGAGAGGACCUGGAGCCGAUACUGCAUCGAGUCGAAUGGUCCACGUUACUGUUCUUCGCGUCGCUGUUUGUGCUUAUGGAGGCUUUAUCGAAACUUGGCCUGAUAUUAUACAUCGGAGGUUUAAUGGAAAAGUUUAUAUUGAAAGUCGAUGAAAGUGCCAGGCUAAGUGUUGCCAUUAUGCUCGUAUUAUGGGUAUCAGGUACUAUAUCAGCGUUCGUUGACAACAUACCGCUUACCACCAUGAUGGUGCGCGUGGUAAUAUCCAUCGGGAACAACCCGAACUUGAAUCUUCCCAUGUCACCGCUGAUAUGGGCCUUAUUGUACGGUGCAUGUUUGGGAGGUAACGGUACCCUUAUCGGCGCAAGUGCAAACGUGGUCUGCGCGGGAGUCGCCGAACAGCACGGCUACAAGUUUACAUUCCUACAUUUCUUUAAAGUCGGCUUCCCGAUCAUGAUUGGCCAUUUAAUAGUUUCCUCGUUUUAUUUACUCGUGUGCCAUUGUAUUUUUACUUGGCAUUAAUUUAUUAUCUGUGCAUAUCGUGAAUUUUAAAAGGAUUUAAUAAAAAUAUUGGAAAUAGAUUUUGGCUUAGUUAAAUAGACUACUGUCCAGAAAUAACAAUCG